AUGAUGACUAUGAGCUCUAUAUCGGACACUUUAGUUCCGCCUGAUCCAUCUAAAUCGGCGUUUUUGGAGUUCGGCGGUCACGGCUAUCCCGGACACCAGCAGCAAUCCCCCGGCCUGAGCCACAACCAUUACCCGGUCCACGGGUUGCACGCAGUCGGGCCUUCACAGCACGACGGGCCCUUCUCAGGGGCGUCGUCGUAUGGUCGCCCACUGGGAUACCCACCUUAUCACAGCUCCGUGAGCGCGCACCACCCCGGGCCUUAUCUGCCUUAUCAGCACGGGGGUCACGGCGGCGCGCUGGGACACACCAGACUCGAAGAUGGGGAUCACGAGAAGCCCACGGCGGUGAUAGAGAACGGAGAGGUGAGGCUGAACGGGAAGGGGAAGAAGAUCAGGAAGCCUCGGACCAUCUACUCCAGCCUGCAGCUCCAGGCCCUCAACCAGCGCUUCCAGCAGACCCAGUACCUCGCCCUGCCCGAGAGGGCCGACCUGGCAGCCAAGCUGGGCCUGACGCAGACCCAGGUCAAAAUUUGGUUUCAGAACAAACGAUCCAAAUACAAGAAGAUUAUGAAGAAUGGGCCCUGUGGACCUGAGGGGGACCACCUUGCCCCUGCUGCACCAUCCUCCUCUUCUCCAUGCUCCCUAUGGGACAUCAGCAUGGCUGCAAAAGGUGCGCAGGUGCACUCUGGAGGAUACAUGAACAAUUUUGCUCACUGGUACCCGGGACACCAGCAGGACUCCAUGCCAAGGACUCAGAUGAUGUGACAGAGAAGAGGAUGCAAAACCUCCAAGAAAAAUAGUGGAUUUACAAGCUGACUGGAGCUGUUACAGACACUGACACUGUUGAGAGUGGGAGUCACUCUGGAGGCAAAAAUAGUCAGACUGGAUCAAUUUAAGAAAAUGUAGAAGCGUAUAAAUAACUAGCAUCUUCUUAAUAUGUUAAAAUGUUUAGUCAGCAAAAUAAACUGGCUAGUUAUUUACUGAUUGAGCAGUUGCAGAGACGAAAACUCUCAAAGUCCAAAUGAAACUGCACACUGAUAGAUGUCUAGAUUAGAAGGAAGCUUUGCAGGUAAUGUAUGCACUUCAUGUGGGCUAGCAAGUUUUCUGAAGGAGGUGAUCUCUAAUCCCUGGGGAUUAGAGAAGAAGCUCAAGGAUGUACUUUGAACACAAACUUAUAUUUGAAUGGGAUCUCAGUCCAAAAGCCAAAGCCAGACUGAAAUUAAACCAAAGCAAUUUGGUUUCAGGAGGAACGUAUUCAGCACUAGUAGGCCUUCAGAAUACAAGAAGGCCCUGUCAGCCUCUAGCUUUAUUGGACUAGUCUGAUUAAAAUGGAGGUUUGAAUGGUGAAGUUACUGCCUGAAAAUUCACAGAUUUGUCUGCUGUUCUUUUUACAUCUUAUUGCUUAUUAAAUGGUGUAUCCUAGUCAAAAUUCAAUUAAUUCAGUUAAGUUAAUGAUAAGUUACAUAAUGCAGCAGUAGUAAUUCAGAGUGGAAAAACAGACCCAGUAAUGUCACAAAUAAUGUAGCAAUGUUUAUGCAAUUUAUCAAGUCUCACAAAAAAAAUGUCAGUCAGGUUAUCUUUGCCUUCAGUGGGGCUCUGCUUUUCAAGUUGGUAUCAUUUUUCAGUAAGCUACAACUUAAGGUAAUGACAACCCUAACCAGCAUCUCUGUUUCUGGGCAUUUCAGGUAUUUUUCUGUCUUGGGGGAGUUUUGUGGUACAGGUACACAUGAAAAGGAGGGGUCUUCAGGGUUUUUCAUAGGUUUUCUUGAUGGAACUGUACUGAUCUUAUGUUAAAAAACAGAUCAAAGAACUUAAGAAAGUAGAAAAGUUAUUUUGACUUUCUGCUGCUUUUUGUGAAUGAUUGCAGGGUGUAACAUAAACCUUUAAAGAGCUGUAUGAAGGUCUUCAAAGUAUCAGUAGGGUCUCUGAUGGGGUAAGCAUAAAGUGAUUUUUUUUGGUACUUAAAAUCCUAUUUUUAGGAGAAUGUGGGGAUGUCUGCUUUAAUGUGUCAAAUUUUAUAUAUUUUUUCAUUUAA